AUGGAUGCGUCCACGCACGACGCUCCCUCCGCUUCCGCUUCCAUGCGGGACAUCGUUGAGGCAAUUCAGCCUCUGGAUGGACAUGUAGUUCCUAUCAAAUCUAUCCAAGAAGUCAACCCACCUGAGGGCUAUGAUGAUGCUUAUGUCGCUGAAGUCGACAUCAAAUCCGCAUCCAGAGUGAUCAAAGCUCUCGAUGCCGCAUUCCCUCGCGACUCGUCCCUCCCACUCAACCAUCUGCGCCGCUUCUGCAAGCGCGACAAGUUGCCAGAGUCAGUGAAGCAAUUCGUGGAUGAAGCCUAUCCUCAGAAAUCUUCCAUGGCACCAAGCAUCUUUAUCCUCCUUGGAAUUUCUCUUCCUGAUCUGGAAGCUGUCCGCACCCUGCUCGAGCCUUUCAUACCAGUGCCUCGUGCCCGUUCUCACUCUCCACAGGAGCCACAGGAGACCUCCACUCCCAGUAGCCCAGAGCAAUCACCAGAGCUUACGCUUUUCCGCACCAAGAUCCCUAUCUAUCCACCUGCCAGUGCGAAAGUGGCUGAUGUCUGGAGCGCAUCUCUGUGGCCCGUGACCUUCAAUCCCGCAGCCUCUCGAUCGACCGUCGCACCUAAUCCCCAAACUCUCAACCGUGACCAGAAGUCAAUUGAACCUCGUGCUGGAUAUUACGUGUCUCUGGCACGAGAGGUCGCACUGGAGGCAAAGCAAUCGGGCCGCGGACGCGGUGUAGGUGCGGUGAUCGUUGACCCCAGAAUCGAGGCGCAAAUCGACGAAAAAGCCUGGGAAGAAGGUUACAACAGCCGAGAGCGCUGGCCACAGGCCGUAGUCGCUGUCGCUGGUGACUGUCGCUUUGCAAGAUCUGAAGCUGGCGGACCUUCCCAAAUGGACAGGCAUCCUGGUAUUGCACCCAACCCAGCAUGCGAAACGUACAACUCGGACCACGAAGGUGGCCCAGACUUGCACGCAUUAAUGCGUGCAGUUGAACUGGUUGCGCGCUCGAGGAGGGAGGACCCAGAAAAUGAGGUUGACUUAGCAGCUAUGGCCUGUCAACCUAUCGUCCACACGGAUCCCCAGCUCUCAAAGCCAAACCAACUCAGCGCCUUCGAGAAAUACUUCCUGUACGAAGCUGGGAGCCAUGUCAUCGACGACGACUCAACCUCGUACCGACCCUCACCUGCGACGAGUUGCCAGGUCUCUCCUCGGAAGAGGAAGUUCGCACAGCCGAACCCAGAGGCAGCCCCCAUCUCCCUCGAUACCCUGACAGAGGUUGAACUGCCACCAUCCACCACCACAACUCCCCCUCUGCCCGCCCCUCCCGCCUCAGACCCCGCGAGCCUUCCCCCGGCUCCUCAGGAACCAAUUGAGGAGUCGGGGAACGCUUUGCCGACUUCACGCAUCCGAAGUCGGGCUGAGGGCGGCUACCUCUGCACGUCUUUGGAUGUGUAUCUCUCCCACGAGCCAUGCAUCUUAAUUUACCCCCGCGCUGGCCGUCUGAAGAGCGGCGGUCUUGCAUCCGGACCCGUGGAGACUCAAAAGGCUGUCCUGGCGAACGGAGACGUCGACGCUGAUGCCAGUCACCUGCGUGAGGACCGGGAGUACUACGGCCUCCACUGGAGAAAGGAGUUGAACUGGCGCGCUCUGGGCUUCGAAUUCGUGGAGGAUGAGGCUGAUGAGAAUUUCCCCCCUGAGCCGAUCGCCUUCCAUGCCUGA